AUGACAGCAGGAGCAGCAGGAGCAGCAGCAGUACCAUCGACGACAGCCCUCAGCUCGGCCCAACGGCAGUAUCUGGGCCGGCAGACGGAACUGCAGCGGUUCCGCAGACUGUUUCGCCGGCUGGCGUGGAAGGCGAAUAGUCUGACGCACUGGUCGCAUCGGGCAUUGAGUCUGGCACAGGAGUAUCAGAACCAGAACCAGAACCAGAAUCAGAACCAGAACCAUGGUUUCCAGCACGGCCACCACCCUGAUCACGCCCGGCAAGGCAAUCCCGCUCUCGCUAUCGGCCCUCGCGCGUCGUUGGGCCGCUAUGAGAUGGUGAUCGACCCGAUCGAAGCAGAGCGACAGUUCAAGAUCGACUUCUUCGAGUUCUACGCACUGCUCGAGCGCGGCCUGAUAUGCCUGCUGGGCGUGUGGGGAAUUGUGAUCACCGCGACUGUUCCUACUUCUUCUUCUUCUUCUACUACGGCGGCACCCACUGGUCGUGAUGUCGAUACCUUGACCGCUAAUCGUACCUCGUCCUUGUUACCAGGUGCACCGACAGCAGCGACAUCGACAUCGACAUCGACAUCGACAUCAUCAUCACGCCACCUGAAUCGGCACAGCUCUUCCGCGGAUCCCAUCAUCGGCGACUCGCGCACCUUCCACGGUGCGGCGCACCGGUUCCAUGCCAACGUGCUCGACGCACUCGACCACCCUUCCAGCCCGCUCCACGACGUUCUGGGUGCCGACUCGGGAGAUGUCAGGGCGUACAUCGGCGUGGCGAAAGAGUUCCGGAACAAGUGGAAGGAUGUCGAGCAGCGCCCGGACCAGUCGUUCUUGGGUGACGACCGCGCGGAAGAGGAGUGGGCCUGGGCCAAGGUCAAGCGCUACGAACAGGUCUUACGGGAUCUGCGACUCGAUGAGUUGCUGGGCACCGUGCUCGCCGCCCUGGAAGAAGCUGGGAGACGGGCCGAGGCCGAGGUGGCUAGGUUGGAGGAAAUGCUGGGGAACACGGCGACAGUGGAUGCGAGAAACAGCAGGCGUGGAGGGGGAGGUGCCGUCGGAGGUGGCGGCGGCAGCGGAGGCGGCGGUGGUGAUGCCAACGGUGACGACGGGGACUUUGAUAUGCUCGAUGCCCCCUUCGAGGUGGCUAUGGCCGAGCGCGUGGAAUAUGAUUAUGAUUAUGAAAUGGAGUUGUGA